GAUAAUAAUCAAUAAUAACACACAUUUCACGGGUAGCAGUAUUCGCAGGAGCGUAUAUACCAAAAGUCAAUUGCUGCUUUAUUUAGAUAGAGAGUGAAGAAAUGGAGAAAGAUACGAAGAGGAAGCGGAAGAGAGCGGAGAAUAAUAGGCGGGUUAAAGAAAAAGGAGCGGUGGAGGAGGAGGAAAGGGAAGUUGCGGUGCCGCCGCCGCCGCCCACGGAGGCGGAGGUGGAUGAGUUUUUUGCCAUUCUAAAGAGGAUACACGUUGCCAUCAGGUACUUUGAGAAUACUUCUGCUCGGAAUAAUUCAUCUCACAGUAGCGGCCAGGACCAGAAGCUAACGGCCUCAGAGGAAGAAGUUUACGGCGUUAAGGUUGGUGAAAAGAAAGUGGAAAAUGGCGGUUUAGAUUUAAACACUAUUCCAGAACCCGAAACAAAUAUAUAAAUAUACCUUUAAGGCUUUUUGAGUUAUUAUGUACUUUUAUGUUUUUUUUUUUUUUAAUUUUUAUUUUGGGUUAUGUUUCGGACCUUAAUUAUUAUUUAACUAAAUAAAAUGAAGCAUUUAUCUUUUUAAAUAGAAUGUAUAUUCUUUGUUUGAAAUAUCUGAAUCAAGCCAUGUGGCCCAUGUCUGUCUUGUCUGA